AUGUCUCUCAGUUCAUCGUCUUCCGCGGCGGCUACUCUAGCCUACGCCGCACCGGCCUUCCUGGCCCCCGCAAACCUUAAGACCUCCCGGCGACAGCAAGGUGGCGGCUGGGGGUCGCGCUCGUCGUCCCUCUCCGCCCGCCGCCCGCGCUGGGCCCUUAGCAUGUCAGCCGAGGGGGGAGCGGACACGGAGGCGGAGGCGUCGACGGCGGAGGUCCCCGAGGCGACCAAGCGGCUGCUCGAGCAGGCCGCCAAGAUCCGCGCCGAGGCGGAGCAGAUGGAGGUGAACUUCCGUAAGGAGCAGGGUAUCGAGGACUUCAAGCCGUCGGGGGCAAAGGUCAGCUCGGCGGGGGACACCGCAAGGGCGGCGGCGAAGGCGGACCCUUCCAACAUGGUCUCGCAGGCGGCGGCGGCGGCGGCGGUGACGGUCAAGUCGACCCCGGAGAGCCGGGCCAAGCUCGUGGAGGAGCUCGAGGGAUUGCCGCCGACCUCAAAGGAAGUCAUCGAGAAGAUGGCGGAGCUCAAGUCGGGAGGCUUGGCACCCAGAUGGGGAAGCUUCGACUUCGGCUCGCGGUACCCGAUCAGCCAGGGACAGCUCAAGAUGCAGACGGGGCUGGACGGGACGGUGGGCGACGCUGAUGGCGCACAGGCUGCUGUCCAGCCACGACCCGGAGCUAAAGUCGAUCAUGAAGGCCUUCCGCGAGGGGAAGCCCGUGUCGGAAUGCGUGGCCGCCCUCGAGGGGGCCAGGAGUUAAUUAAACCUGCCUCUUACGCUUCUUCAGGAGGAGAGUCAUCGUGUGCUGGACCCAUACUUAGAAACCUCAACAUGUUGAGAAGAGGGGCGUCUGCCUGCGUCGGGCCCAAAUUUUAGAAUGCUGCACUCGGAAUCCAAAAAUGGUGGAAGGGCGAGAUUUCCUAGAGCAUUUUCUUUCAUUUUCCGUAGAUCCAUGCAAGAAAAUGACAGGCAGGGUUGCGCACCCCCUUUCCUUCAUAACGCGCUGGGUUGUACCCUUUGUCCGAGGGCCGGCGUUGCUUGAGUAUGCCUGGAGCAAAGUAGAACUGCCUUAGACUCACAAACGUAGAUUUACGUGUGUAGCUUGUGAUUCGUUUUGACAUAGCGCGGUGUCAAAACAGUAUAUCAAGGCACCAGCAGUAGUUAAACCAAACGUAGGUGGGGGACAGGGCUGCAAGGCUGCAUGAGGGGCUUGCAGGCCCCCGGAAAAUUGGCGAGCGCUGUGUGUGCGGUCGUGUGUUGAUGUUGCGGUGACGCGUAGGUAGCUCUAGAAUGGAGCUAGGACCUGUAGGCGUUGCGACGUGGGUUGUUGACGGAGUUUUUUGGUAUAUAGAAUCAUGCUGCCAAGCCAAGGCGCGGCGGCGUAUCAUGUUCGAAGCUUU